AUGUAUCGUCAAAAGCUGAAGCCAUUGGAAGUUACUUAUGGAUAUAAUGGCUUUGUAUCUCCACUAUUAACAAAUGAUGAUUUUGAUGCCAAACCCAUGGUUAUGGUAUUGGGUCAGUACUCCACAGGCAAAACAACGUUCAUAAAACAUCUACUUAAACAUAGCUAUCUAGGAGCUCCUAUUGGAACUGAACCUACCACGGACAGAUUUGUGGCAGUUAUGUCUGGACCAGAUGAUAAAACUAUUCCAGGCAAUAAUAUGGCGGGUCAGCCAGACAUGCCAUUCUAUGGAAUAACAGCCUUUGGGAAAGAAUUUCUGUCAAAAUUCAAAUGUUCUCAAAUGUCGCAUCCUCUGCUGGAGCAUAUCACAUUUGUAGACACACCUGGAGUGUCUGCCACGAGUUGA